AUGAAAAUGCAAGGUCCUCAUCAAAAUUCGGCUAAAUCUGCUCCAAAACCCGUGAAUCCCGUGAAAUCCUCGACGAAAGCCGUUCCUAAGAAAACGGGCCCACCUCAGACGGAUGUGCCCAAGAAACCUGCGCCUGAUGCUGAAGAGCCAAAAGAAGCACCACAAGUCCAGGAACAAGAAGAGAAGCAACCACAGCCACCAGCUAGGCCAAAAUUGGUGAAACAACCUUCAAAGGCUACUUCCAAAAAGCCUCCAGUGAUGCCCGUUGUUCAACAGAGUGAACCAGCUCCCGCUCCACUGAAAGGAAGAAGCGAAUAA